ACAAAUAAGCUAAGCAAAUCAAGUUCGGGCAGUUGCAAAUAUUUUCAAAGUCUUCAUAAACUCCUCCCAGCGUAAGAAGCAUUUGCUGUUAAUAUUUUCGUAUUUUGGUAUAGUUCCUGGAAAAGCGCAUAAUGAAAGUCUACAAGGACAUCCUCACCGAUGAUGAGAUGUUUACGGAUACGUAUAAAAUGAAAUUGGUGGACGAUGUCAUCUAUGAAGUCUAUGGCAAGUUGGUCAGCCGUAAUCAGGAUAAUAUUGUGUUGGCUGGUGCCAAUCCAUCGGCGGAGGAUGCUGAUGCAGACAUUGAUACAUCAGCUGUGGAGAGGGGCAUUGAUGUUGUACUCAAUCAUCGUCUGCAGGAAUCCUUUGCCUUUGGCGAUAAAAAAUCAUUCACCAGCUACCUAAAGGACUACAUGAAACGGCUGUUGACGAAACUGCAGGAGAGUUCACCCGAUCAAAUUGAUGUGCUCAAGAGCAACAUGAGCAGGACAAUGAAGGAUAUUCUGGGCAGAUUCAACGAAUUGCAGUUCUUCACGGGCGAAUCGAUGGACAUCGAUGGCAUGGUUGCCAUGUGCGAAUAUCGCGAAAUCGAUGGCGAAAGCGUGCCAGUCUUCAUGUUCUUCAAACACGGCCUCCAAGAGGAGAAAUUGUAAGCCGUAAAUAGUAAAUAUAUGUGAAAAAUAUAUCUAGAAUGAAUGAAUUAAGACUAUUAAAGAAAUCUGUUCAAUUCAUCUGCUAAA